GGGGCACUGUAGCGAAAGGGCUCAGUGUUGUGUUUACAAACUGAACGGACAAGAUGGCAGAGGCAGACAAUCCAAAAGAAGGCUCUUGUACUUUCUUAUUCAAGAAAUCCACAAAGAAAUUUUCGGGACGAAAAAGAAAGGCCAGUGACAGCGAUAAAGAUGGGAACAGUGAUGAAGAUCUCAGUUCUGUGGUCAGAAAGGAUAAGAAAGAGACUCGAGUAAAUCCGAUGAUUCAAAAGUCCAAGAAAGUGGAGAAAGAGGCUGUGUGCUCCAAUGAAAGUGAAGAUGACAAAGAGGACAAGAUAACCAUUUCCUACAAGUCCACACGUUCAGCUAAACCAGAGGGCCCAGAGGACAUGGGUGCCACGGCGACGUACGAACUGGACACGGAGCGUGACAAGGACGCUCAGGCCAUCUUUGAGAGGAGCCAGAAAAUCCAAGAGGAGCUGACGGGCAAGGAGGACGAUAAGAUAUACCGUGGCAUCAACAACUACCAGAAAUUCAUCAAACCCAAAGAUACCACUAUGGGCAACGCAUCCUCUGGCAUGGUCCGGAAAGGACCCAUCCGAGCCCCGGAGCACCUGCGAGCCACAGUCAGGUGGGACUAUCAGCCAGACAUCUGCAAGGACUACAAGGAGACCGGAUUCUGCGGCUUUGGAGACAGCUGCAAGUUCCUCCACGACCGAUCCGACUACAAGCAUGGCUGGCAGAUCGAGAGGGAGCUGGAGGAAGGCAGAUACGGCGCCAAUGCACGUUUCCUUAUUUGGGUCGGUGUGUACUGGACGGAGUCUAUCCCAGCUGACUUAGGGCGAGAGGCGGGGUACACCCCGGACUGGUCUGCAGCCAAUUGCAGGGCACGUACAAUAUCUGCUCCUGUUUGCGAACAGUCUCAGGACAAAUUAAGUUUCUGAGCCGAGGUUCCACUUUAAAGACGAACAAGUAUUCAUGCUCACUUUCACACUUGUGGUCAAUUUAGAGCGGGGGUGUCCAAUCUUUUUCCUCCGAGUGGCGCGUUGACAUUCAACUUCGACAGUAAAACCAAUCCAACAAGCUCCUACACUACCAACCAAGUUUGGACACACACACACUCAAGUGCUAUUAAAUGCUAAACUUUGACCAAACUUUUGACUGGUUGUUUAUAAUUUCAAAUCAUUUCAACGUGCCUCAACUGGUGCGGUUCGACGCGGGUUGCGUUCAAGGCACGCAGAAGAAAAACAGCAGCUGAAUUAUGCCUUCAUUAACAAUUCAUUAGACGAUAGAACAUGAAACCUAGUACAAAUAAAGUAUGUGGGGUGUCUGUGAAAAAAAUAGUAAUAAAGUAACUCCGUUUAUGCACUACAAUCUUUCAUGGUCAUGUCUCUCACAGAACUCUCAUAUGCACCGUUAAUAUAAGACCACAAAAAAGUGUCUCACUUCACUUAAUACUGAAAUGCAGAAUUUACUUGGGCUCAUAAAUUCACAAGAAAAAACUCAUUAAAAUUGUAUUUCAGUUUUAUUAAUUCAUUCAUGUCACAUUAUUUCUUAUGGGGAAAACAGAUUUUUGAUUCUUACCUAAUCAACAACAAU